AUGAGACUUGAAUGGGAGCAACAGAAAGGAAACAUAGCUAUAUUUGAAGCACUUACAGGUCUGCAAGCGGCUUUACAAGGGCUCUGCGAAAAUUUGGUUCUGUUGGAUAGAGUAGAAUUUCUCAAGGAGAAAGGAAUGAGAUGUGAAGUUAGAAAAAUUGCAGAUGAAAGGGCGAAACCUGGAAAAUUCACGUUGAUUCCGAUUGUUGAAGUGGUCUUCCCUGAAUCUAUAGGUCUGAGAUUUUCUGGGAUGCACCAGUACAUCAUACAACUCCAGAAAAUCUUCACCAUAAGAAUUGUCACCUCUUCAAAGUUGAAUGAAUGUGAGAAGACUAGUCUGUACCCAAAUGUAAUUAUGAGAGGAACAAAAUUAAUAUUGAUGGAGGUAGGAAAUGUAAAAUUUCUGGAUUCUCUCAAUUAUUUUCCUAUGCCUCUAACUGCUCUACCCAAGGCGUUUGAUUUGAAAGAGCUAAAGAAAGGAUACUUUCCACAUCUAUUCAACACUUUGGCUCAUCAGAAUUAUCUAGGGCCAAUUCCAGCGCUCGACUUCUACGAUCCCGACCAUUUAAAAGAAGACACUCGAGAAAAAUUAUUAAAAUGGCAUGGCAAAAGACAAGCGGAGGGAUACGUUUUUGAUUUUCAGAAAGAAAUCGUUGAAUACUGUAUCUCCGAUGUGGAAAUAUUGACACAGGCGUGUCUCAAAUUUCGAGACCUGAUGAAAACCGAAACCACAGUCGAUCCCUUCCAGGAAAGCACCACUAUUGCAUCAUGCUGUAACAAAGUCUUUAGACGCAAUUUUUUAAAACCUGAGACGAUCGGGGUAAUUCCAAAAGGGGGCUAUAGAUGGCGUGAAAAUCAGUCAAAAAUUGCCAUCCAAUGGAUGUUGUGGGAGGAACAUCAAAGAGGAAUCAAAAUUCAACACGCCGCUAAGGGUAUAGAAACCAUUGUUAAGGGACAUAAAGUAGACGCCUCUCUGUCGCAGAUGUCAGGACUUAUUAAAUGCCAGAUUCUACCGAACCAGAACUUAUAUCACCCCGUUUUACCGUCAAAAAUGAACAACAAAUUGAUGUUUGUUAACUGUCAAAAAUGUGGUGAAGAUUUCGUUCGAGAAGAGUGUCAGCAUUCUAUUCAAGAAAGAAGCCUAAAAGGAACUUGGGUGAUAGAAGAGGUGCUCAAAGCUAUUGAAAAAGGUUACCAAAUUAUAGAGACUUACGAAAUAUGGGAAUACGAUACAAUUCAGCUCAGUAAAGACCAAGAGGGGUUAUUUAGCGGAAUGAUGAACAAGUUUCUACAAAUAAAACAACAAGCUUCAGGAUGGCCCAAACAUUGCUUAACGGAUGAAGAAAAAAACCGUUAUAUUGAUGCAUUUUUGGAUACAGAGGACAUAAAGCUGGAAUUUUCAAAAAUUAUAGAGAACCCCUGUUUGAGAUCGUUAGCUAAACUUAUGCUGAAUUCUUUUUGGGGUAAAUUUGCUCAAAAAGAAAACCAAAACAAAACCUCGAUAGUCAGAGACUGUGGUGAAUUCUUUGAUAUGCUGACUAAUCCUUCUAUUCAUGUAAAUACAGUUCUCCCGGUAAACGAAGAAACCCUUCUCGUAACUUGGGAAUUUAGAGAAGAGGUGUAUGACGUUUCUUCAACGGUUAACGUUGUAUUGGCUUCAUACGUCACGGCCCUAGCUAGACUAAAAUUAUAUUCAUUCUUGGAGAAAGUGGAAGAAAGGGCAGUUUACGUAGAUACAGAUUCAUGUAUUUAUAUCUCUCGUAAGGGAUUAGACGACAUAUCUACAGGCGACUUCAUAGGUGAUAUGACCGAUGAGCUCAAUGGGGGUUUCAUAUCAGAGUUUGUUUCUGGAGGACCUAAGAACUACGCCUACAAAUAUACUACUUUGUCUGGAGAGGAACAGAUCGUAUGUAAAUUCCGUAAUCGGUUCAUCGCGUUGAUUGAAAAAUUGAACUAUGGCAGAUAUGAUCUCAUAAUGUUUCAGCACUCGUCCCCUGCUUAUCCUUUGGACUUCCUAGUGAAGAACUAG